CUGGCGUCCGUGCUUCACAUUGAUCGGUCGCUUGCAUCCAAUUUCUAUCUGUCCUUCCACAUCUUUCCUCAAACAGACCGCGUUGUUCUCUCAUCGAUCGUAGAAGUUACGUUUCUUUCCUUUGCGCCCAGAGUGUUGGGUCAGCUGCGCUCGUUUCUUGUGCAACUUUGAUAUUCGAGCCACAACUGCAGACCCCGAGAUCCAGUGGAGUAUACGGUUCGGACAAAAUUCUUUAAUAAAGAGACAAAGCAGAGCAUUCGAAAUACUCCUGUACCCCUUCUUCUCCUCGUGUCCGACUCAUCGAACAAAAUGCCUGCUCAAGUUCUCAUCUCGAAGCUCGGUCUCUCCCUAUCCGCCGCCACCAGGCUCCAAACCCUGGCGCCAUUCUUAACUCCAUCCGUGUCCCUUAACCUUGUCCUCGGAGGAUACCAUCUCAUGUCAGGCCUUCUGCUCGGCGUUGUCAAGUACUACCAAAUUCACACCUCCAAGACUUACACCGCUCACCCAUACAUUUCAACCGCCCACCGCGCUGCUUUGAUGUACGGUUUCGCAUCGUUCCAAUUGGCCGGUGUCGCCUUGGUCUCGUCCUGGACAGAGUUCACCAACACUGCAGCCACGAUCGCCACGCAAACGUUCUUUGUCUCGGCAGUGAUGACAUACGCGAUCCAUGGGUUCCUGAGAGAUACGACCAACCAGCUUAAACAGCCGCACAAACUGGGGGAAAAGAGAGCGCUGCCGCCCUGGAUGGUUCAAGGGUUCAUGAUCUCGCUCGUCCUGGCUGAAGUCCUUGGCUGCGGCGUCCUUUGUGCUGGCAUGGUCAAGACUAUCGUCGAUGUAUUCAAGACAACAACCGUAUCCAUAUCCAUGUAAAUCUAGUUUUCUUGGGCAUCUUCAAUGACUGAAAUACAAACAAAAAGGUG